GCAGGGCCAAGCCUCCUCUUUCCUGCGACUACUGAGUAAACCAAAGCACCAGCCUCCCUCUUUUUGCGCAUGGACCACCCUCUAGUGUUCUCCGACCGGGCCAGGUUGACUGAGCGGCCCUUCAUUGUCAAUGAGAGCAAAGACUCAAGGAGCGUGAGGAGAGCAUGGAGGCUAUGACAACUCACCGCGGCUAAGACCCUAAACUGCAUCCCUCAACGUGCAUCUGCUGGACCGCUGACAACCAAGAGAGAAACCCUUGUUUAUGGUGACACAUCAAGAGUGAAAGAAUGGGACCUGGAAUGUGGAGUUGGUUGACUUUGUUUGGUCUGUCCCUCUGGAGCAACAGUGAAGCCCUCAUCAAGAACCCCGUCCUCUCCCGGGCACGGAGAGCUCCAGAGGCCAAUGGACAAAACAACAGGUGCUCCUACACCUUCCUGGUUCCCGAGCAGAAGAUCACAGGCCCCAUCUGCGCAGCCAGAGGUCCUGUCCCCGACAAGGACCGAGUGACUCGUCUUGAUGUGGCCGCAGUGCGCGACCUUCUGUCAAAGCAAAGGCGGGAGAUGGAGACUCUGAAGCUGGUGGUGGACGUGGACGGAAACCUGGUGAAUGAGAUGAAGCUGCUGAGGAAAGAAAGCAGGAAUAUGAAUUCCAGGGUGACCCAGCUCUAUAUGCAGCUGCUGCACGAAAUCAUAAGAAAGAGGGACAACUCACUGGAGCUGGCUCAAUUGGAGACACGCAUCCUGAAUGCCACCGCUGAGUCACUGCGGCUGUCUUCCCGUUACAAGGAACUGGAGGCCAAAUACGCUGCCCUCUCGGCCAUGGUGAACAACCAGUCAGUGAUGAUAGGAGCUCUGGAAGAAAGUUGUAUGAAGAUGCAUGAUCGCAAACAAGAGCCGCCGCCUCUUGGGCCGCCGAUGGUGCAUGUGGUGCCUGAGAACAUCCCUGUUAAUGUACCGCGUUUCACCAAUGAGAUCCGGGGGGAUAAUAGUGGAAGCUUUGCCCGCGAAAGGGGCUCUCGCUCUGGGCCUUCACCAACGGGUGGCAGCAUGGAAGUCCAGAAACCUCCUCAGACAAACUUUAGUGCUGAAGGUCCAUUCAGAGACUGUCUGGAGGCUCAAGAGGCCGGCCACGUUAUCAGCGGCAUGUAUCUGAUCAAACCUGACGAGGCCGAGAAGUCCCUGCAAGUCUGGUGUGAGCAGGAUAUGGACAACGGAGGCUGGACUGUGAUUCAGAGUCGAAAGGACGGCUCUGUUAACUUCUUCAGAAACUGGGAAAACUACAAGAGCGGGUUUGGCAACACAGAUGGGGAGUACUGGCUCGGGCUAGAGGGCAUUUACAAGCUGGGACGUCAGGCCGACUACAAGCUCCAGGUGGAGCUGGAAGACUGGAUGGACAAGAAAGUGUACGCUCAGUACAGCAGCUUCCACCUCGAGCCUGAGAGCGAGGGCUACCGUCUGCGGUUGGGCACUUAUCGAGGCAAUGCUGGCGAUUCCCUCAGCAGCCACAACGGCAAACAGUUCACGACUCUGGAUCGAGACAAGGAUGCCUUCUCAGGUAACUGUGCCCAUUUCCACAAAGGAGGCUGGUGGUACAACGCUUGCGGCCAAGCCAAUCUGAACGGCGUGUGGUACAGCGGAGGCGUCUACAGAAGCAAAUUCCAAGACGGAAUCUUCUGGGCUGACUACGGCGGCGGCUUCUACUCCAUGAAGUCCGUCCGCCUGAUGAUUCGGCCCAUAGAUGGAUGAAGCGACACUGGACUGUGUUGGUCCACUCACCAAACUUGAAGCUCCUUUUUAAAGUGCGAUGUCAAAGGUCAUCGUUGACAGGAGGGUUCCACCAGAUCAACAUCAGUAGUGUAUAGCGCUCCCUCCUUUUUCAGGUUGGACUGCUCUGUUUAUAUGUACAUGCAUAUCGCUAAAGAAACAUAAAUAGGGACAUGGGGGGGUGUAUUUAUAAGAUGUAUCGUGACCCUAACCAAUAAUUUUCUCUAGCUAUGAAAGAAAACGAACGACUGCAGGUGCAGUUUAAUCAACGUUAUGCAACUCGAUAUUGCAACAUAUCUAAUUCGACCGCCUUUGUUUCCCUGAUCCCCUGCUCCAUCCAAACAGCAGCUGUAAGGAUUAAAACGGUAAUGCUGCUCUUCCUACCUCACCGCCAAUAUAAACAUUUGUAGGAAACACACAUUUUUGGGAUUUAACUUGUGCCGUAGUUCCUAGAAACUGGAAAUUAUCGCUUUAUUUUGACUCACCCCUCCUUGGAACGAGGCUUUUCAUUUUCUCUUAACACUUGGUAUGACCUUUGUGAGAUAUGUUUGAGCAGAAACUCUUAAUUUAUAUGUACAAUUAACUUAACAUAACAAUGAAAAGGGCCCGGUGUCCUGAGAGAAAGGAUGUGUAGCAGUCGUGUAGUGCGCGUUCUCACAGUAUAGCCAUGUGUUGCUUGUUUUACUCCAUUUGGUUUUGGUGAGUCUCCCGGAGUAGGAGUUGUGAAAUGGUGUGUUGUUUUGCAGAGUUUUAAGAGUUAUAGGCCCUUAGACAAACGAUGAGAAACACAUUUCACGAGGCCAGACAUGGUGGAGUGAGAAAAAAAAGCAGAUUUCCAAGUUGGUCCCGCGUGCCCCCUUUUAAAUACAGACAUUUACAUUCUUUCCACACACACAAAAAAAAAAAAAACUGCUUGAACUGUUUGUUUUCGUCACGGGUCGGCGCGCGCGCGGGAAACACUAAUAUGAAAGUCAAGUUUGCCUCUUUGUAGAGGAGAGGAGUGGACAUACGACACGUGAAAGACAACAAGCCUUUGGUCCCCGAAACUGAAAAUGGUCUGCCUUAUUGCUCCAUGUGGCUGUUUGACCGGAUCGGCCUUCCCACUCAUCACUUUACAAGGGUUACGGGAAAUGAAAAGUUCCUUGCUUGUGAUUGUUCACAAAUUAGCGGCCCCCUCUCAUUUACUGCGGAUCAAACGACCUCCCUUGUGAGAUUCUGCGCAUUUACUAAGACCCGGUUACGACUCAUGUGUUUUAUUCUUUGUUGAGAUGACAACGCGCAUUCCGAGUUUAUUUUAUGGAUGUGAAUCGUGCAGAUAAAUGAUGGUAUUAAAUCGAGUGGAAGAAACUGAUUUUCUCUCUGAAAAAAAAAAGAAGUUGUCCAAGCGAUGUACGGGAACAUUCUGUACUUGACUUCAUUGAAAUGAGGAAUUCUGUUUAACACUGA